GCCAAAUGAGGAGCAGUUUCUGCAGCACAUCAAGAUAAGUUUUGGGAUAGUGGUGCAGUAUGGAGUGUGCGUCUAACAAAAAGAGCAGGGAGCCUUCAUCCUGAGCACCAGUCCAGAAGGACUCCAACCUUUUUCUCCUCUGCUGCACUCUCUCUCUGUGUGUGUGCCUGACCUGGGUGCUCUCUUUUCAUCCACUUCCUAUCAUUCUCUCUCUUUCUUCUGGUUCAUCCUUACUCUGCCUGUCACUUCUGCCCUUCAACCAUGGCUCCGUCCCUGGCUACAGCUUUUGCCAGGCGCUGGUGGAUGGCAGUGACCGCUGUCAUUGAGAAUCUACUCUUCUCCGCUGUGCUGUUGGGAUGGGGAUCGCUCCUCAUCAUGCUCAAGUCAGAGGGCUUCUACUCUUAUCUUUGCAACGAGGAGGGUAACAGCUCUGACCACAACAUUUCCCUGCCGCUGGUGACUCCAGUAGCUGAUGACGAGUAUAUCGACUACUACGAGCCAGAGGCUGAGGGUGUUGUUGUGGGCCUGGGAGACGGGGUGGAGAUGAAACCCCUGGUCCCUAUGAACGGGCCCAUGAGGAUGAACGGCUGGCUGAUCUGCAAGGAGCAGGAUGAGAUGCUGAAUCUUGCAUUCACUGUGGGCUCCUUCCUGCUGUCGGCCAUCACCCUGCCACUGGGCAUCGUCAUGGAUAAAUACGGGCCUCGCAAACUUCGACUGCUGGGCAGCACAUGCUUUGGGCUCUCCUGUCUCCUCAUUGCUUACGGAGCCUACAAACCUGAUGAACUCUCUGUCCUCAUCUUCAUCGCCCUAACUUUCAAUGGCUUUGGGGGCAUGUGCAUGACCUUCACCUCUCUCACACUGCCAAACAUGUUUGGUGAUCUUCGUUCCACCUUCAUCGCCCUGAUGAUUGGCUCCUACGCCUCCUCGGCAGUCACCUUCCCUGGUAUCAAGGUGAUCUAUGACUUUGGUGUGCCCUUCAUCACUAUCCUGGUAGUGUGGGCAUCCUGUGCCGGCCUGGUCUUCAUGAACUGCUUCUUCAACUGGCCACUGGAGCCGUUCCCAGGACCAGAGGACAUGGACUACACUGUCAAGUCCAGCUUGCUGGGCUUCGACCACAAGAUCACUGGGAAGCAGUUCUACCGUCAGGUGACCGCGGUGGGACGUCGUCUCAGUGUCGGCAACAGCUUGAAGCAGAGGGAGCUGACCACUAAGGACGGCCACAAGCUCUGCCUCUCCACCAUGGACCUCGAGGUGGAGUGCAAGCCCCAAGAAGAAUCCCAGUCAUUCAUGCAAACUAUCAUCACCCCCAUCUUCCUACUCAGUCUUGUGACCAUGUCCAUCACACAGCUGCGUCUUAUUUUCUAUAUGGGAGCCAUGAACAGCAUCUUAGAGUCCCUCAGUGAUGGAGACCUCACAACAGUGGAAAGAAUGGAAGUUGUGAGUUUGUACUCCUCUAUCUUCGGCGUGCUGCAGCUUCUAUGUCUAAUGACCACGCCAGUGAUCGGCCAGAUCAUGGACUGGAAGCUGAAGGAGUGUUCUGAUGGAGAAGAUGAAGAAAAGGAUCUAUGCAAGAGUGAGCCCAAGAAAAAGCGCAGAGAUAGAAAGAUCCAGAAGGUGACCAAUGCCAUGCGAGCGUUCAUCCUCACUAACGUUCUGUUGGUGGGAUUUGGAGUCACCUGCCUUGUGCCCAAUCUGCCCCUGCAGAUUGUGUCAUUUGUCUUACACACUGUGGUGAGAGGAUUCAUUCACUCAGCUGUCGGAGGCCUCUAUGCUGCUGUGUAUCCUUCCUCCCAGUUCGGCAGUCUGACAGGCAUGCAGUCUCUGGUCAGCGCUCUGUUUGCUCUGCUGCAGCAGCCGCUGUUUAUGGCCAUGAUGGGACCCCUGGAGGGAGACCCACUCUGGGUCAACGUUGGUCUUCUUGGUCUCAGCAUGCUGGGUUUCUUGCUGCCUCUCUACCUGAUCUGCUAUAGGCACAUGCUCCACAGAGAGCAGGAGGAGAAGCAAAACAAUGCAAAGAUCUACAUCAAAAUCAAUGGGUCUGACAAGUCUGAGGCAUUUGUCUAGAGGAAAACAGAUACAGAGAAACAUCUGGAGAGACAGGAAGAAAGAUUUUGUACUGAGCUCUCUGCAGUCCAGCGAUACACAAGCAAGCAUACACACAGAAAAAAGAUGAAUUUCUUUUCAGUGCUAAAUAUUAAGAAUGUCACACUUAAAGUUCAUGAAAUCGUUACUAAGGCCAAGGUUACAUGUGAAACUUUUUCAUGCAAUUUGGUUACCUGCAGCUGAGUUGUUCUUGAGUUCCAUCCAAUGAAAUUCAUGAACUGGGAUUGCGUCAUCAUUGGAAAUGUUCCAUAUGGGUUUGGUGACACAGCAACAGUAAGAAUUUAACAAAUUGCAUGGAAGUUGCACUGCAUACCAUAAGCCUUAGGUACACCCCCCAACACACACACACACACAUACAUAAAGACGCAUGUGCACAAACACACACACACAAACACACUGUCACAUCUGUUUUUCAAGUCUUUUUCAAAAAGCCCACCGAGGUAAAGUGAUGCUGCGGUUCUCACGGAAACGGGUCCAUUGGACAGUCACUAAGGAGAACAAAAUGAAAUGUGGAGGGGGAAAAGAGAGUGACAGCGAGGAAAGACUGUGAAAGGAAAGAGGCAUUAGCCGUCUGCAUUCCCCCAAAUCCUCCGACUCCUCUUUUAUCCCUCUGUCAUAAGCAGCAUGUUAAUGGAGCCCCCAUUCCUUGCAAGACUGUUUUUCUAUUAUUAUUAUUUUGUUUCGUCCUCACGGGAGAAGCAAAGGAAACAGGGAGAACUUGGCUUCUUUAACUAAGGAAUUUUCGCCUCCAAAAUCAGCGUGACUUUGCAAAAUGAGACACUAAAUAGUCUGUCUCACUUACAGAGUCUCGUUGAUUGUAAACCAUUUGAACCCUUAAUAUGGUGCUACCUAACUUCUCUUCAGCUGUUUUUACUGGAUGAUGGUCUAAGCUAAGUGUGGACUGAAUGGCAUUAAGUAAUGACAAAGAGGACAGGGGGCCCUUAUCGUUGAUGUUUGUUGGGCUGGUGGAAUAGGAACUCUACAGAUAGCUCUAAUAAGUGCAGACAUUGUAGGUGUGACUGUGUCUUUCUUUUUUGAGAGGAUGAACAUAUUAAAAUAUGAAUCUACUGUGUCUUAGAAUGUAGUAUUGGCUGAAUGUCAGUGUUUUUAAUGGCCUUUACUGUCCUCUGUUGGAGGGAGGUGGAAACAAACUGCAGUGCAUCUUUUGCAAAAACAGAAUCAGCUUUUCACUACUAUUUAUAUUAUUUGGCUCUGUUUUUGUUUUGUUUUUUGUUUUGUUUUGUUUUUGAAUUAGUCAAACUGAUGUGUCUAAAGAAUAUACAUUCAUGAAAUUAUGCUAAUUGAUCAGCAUCUUCUGUUGCACAGUUUCUACAUAUCACUGAAGACGGCCACCUGUUUUGCUUUGGCAAGGCCAUUUUUAUGUCAAGGCUUUUUUCCCCUUUUUUUUUUUAUAAAUAUUUAAAUGUUAUCUGUUGUCAAUCCAUAAUCCAAAUCCAAAUCAUAAUGAUCCAGAUUCCUUGGCUGAAAGCAAUUAUUUCAUCCAGUACGUACCUACCUACUCUUAUGAGAAAUUGUGCACUUUAAGCCCCUUAACCACGUAAAAGCUUCUUACUAACUCAUCCGUUCAGUUCAGCACUUCAUUUAUGAAGUUUCCCUUGAAAAACACUGUAGUCGUGAACUCCUCCCACCCAUUUUCAAAGAUCUAUUUAUUUCAUUUCAUGCACCCUUUCCCAUCAUAAAUACUAUGAUAUAUUUAAAUUGUGCUGUGCUGACAGCUAUAUUUUUGUUUGCCAGUGAAAUUGUGCUGUUUAGCGUAGAGCAACCUUCUUAUUCAUGUAGAGAGUUUUUUGUUAUAGAGGCAUUACUGGUGAAUAUGGAAGAAUUCAUGAAGGCUAAUAAAGGUGAUUUGUUUAUUUGGUU